GGGCUGGAAUAGUGACUUUGCUUAUAGCCUUUUUCUUUCCUAUUCUUUGUCUGUUCUCUCCGCUCUCCAAUCAUUUGACUCACUGUUCACACAAUCACACUUGAAACAACCUGGUUUAUCUCAAGUCCUGAGCUUUAUUUGCAUCAAUCUGAACCUUUCAGCUCAGAGUUUGCACAUGUGAAGAAUUGCCGACCAUGUCUUUUGACAUCUCUUCCAUGGUAGCCAGGUACCUGAAUUCUUGCAAGCUGCAUGAGGUGCUACCCAAUGCAGCUCUUCUAUCGGAGCUUUAUGAGUUCAGCAUGCAGAAAAAAGUUCAACAAAGGAGGACUCUAUUAGUUUCACUGGAUGAGCUUGAAGAUGUUGACAUGUCCCCCCUUGUCGAUGUAUUGCUUAAGAUCCAACUAUUUGAUGUUGAUGCAGUGGACGUAAUUUGCACCUCACCCUUGGCUGUGAAGCAAGAAUCUGUGGUCUCCCUAGUGCGUGCAGUCAAUUCAUCACUCCGAACUGUUGAUCUUCAGGAUAUGCUAUUUAAAAAGGAAAUCUUGUGGGACCUUUUUCAGGGCGGUUUGAAUUGCCAGUCGCUAAAGCUGAGGUCCACUGAGAUUCAAAAGCUGAAUAUGGUUGGAAGCUUCAUGCAGUUACACACCCUUAAUCUGGAUUUUUGUUCUUCCCUCACUAGUUUAGAGAGGGAUUGUUUUGCUUGCAUGCCAAAAUUGAUGCGCCUCUCCAUAUGUGGAACUAGAAUAGCUGAUAUGUGGACUACCCGUGCUGCUUUGUCUCGGCUUCCUUCUUUGACAGAAUUAAGGUUUCAAAAUUGCAUAUGUUGCAAAGAUACUGGACCGUGUCUUGCAUCAUCCAAUGGUGCUGCCAGUCCAGCUUCUGUUGGCAAAUUAUUUUCAACUUAUGAGUUUAAAAGGAUAAACCAGGACUCACUUAAUGAUUCGCCAUAUAAAGUAUCAAAUCAUUUUGAAGGAAUUCUUUCAUCAGAUCCCUCUUUUGUUGCCAAAAGUGGAAGGGCAGAUUUGCAACAUGAGGUUUUUUUUGGUGAUUUGCAUGUUCAAGAGGGAGAUGAUUGUCCCGAGGAUAUAAACUUGAAACUGAGAGAUAGAUCAGUUGUUUCCAAGAUGUAUCUUUCUUCUCAUCCUUCUCCAAUCUGCUAUGAGAAACACUACAAGGAAUACAUGAUUGCAUUAUUGCCUCAUCUAAGAGUGCUAGAUAACUGUCCUAUAAGAAAGCUAGACAGAGAAAUGGCAAAUACUGUCUUCUCACAGUACUAUGAGUUUUUGCCGUACAAACGCCGGCAGAAAGAAAAUGUUGCAAGUGUUUUGCAUAUGCGUGAAACAGGAAGAGGUAAUGUGUACCACAACCAAUUUUCUCGGAUAAAGGAGGCAGUUUCUUGUAGGAAAAGCCCACAUUUCUAUUCUAGGUCCCUCUGCGCAGCCAAACUUGGUUCAUCCGCUUCUCCAUCCCUGCAUACAGUGUCUAAUAUCAGCAAUCAUAUUAAAGAAGGAAGCGAGAGCCUUCGACCGAGACAAUUUGAGUAUCACCCCACUAAUCCUAGUCUAAUGGCUUUUGGAACUUUGGAUGGGGAAGUGGUUGUCGUUAACCAUGAUGCUGGAAAUAUUUUCAGCUAUAUUCCACUCUUUGGGGUGACUAAUAGCAUCUUGGGCCUCUGUUGGCUUAACAAGAAUCCAUUUAAGCUCCUUGCCGGUUCUGACAGUGGCUCUUUGAGAUUGUAUGACAUCAAUGACACAUCGCCAAAAGGAGAGACAAGCUAUAGCAGUUCCAGCCCUGUUGUUUUUGAGAAAUUUGAACAGUUGACUUCACUUCAUGUUAAUUCAACAGAUGAUCAGUUUCUUACAAGUGGCUAUUCAAAGAAAGUUGCCAUAUACGAUAUUUGUAGUGGCAAGCACUUACAUCUGUUCGGUGAUAUGCAUCAACAACCCAUUAAUGUGGCUAAAUUUGCACAUCACUCUCCAAACCUGCUUGUUACUUCAUCAUUUGAUCGUGAUGUCAAAUUGUGGGAUUUGAGGCAGACGCCAAGUCGCCCCUGUUAUACAGCCUCGAGCUCAAGGGGAAACGUGAUGGUUUGCUUCUCCCCAGACGACCUUUAUCUGCUGGUAUCGGCUGUAGACAACGAGGUGAAACAACUUUUGUCUGUUGAUGGUAGGCUGCAGACAGAUUUCGGUAUAGCUUCCACAGGGAGCGCUCAUAAUUAUACACGAUCAUAUUACAUGAAUGGGAGGGACUAUGUUAUUAGUGGAAGCAGUGAUGAAUCAAUUGUUCGCAUUUGUUGUGCUCAAACAGGGAGGCGAUUGAGGGACUAUUAUUUGGAGGACAGGGCAUUGGAGAGUCCAAUAUUGGUGCAGUCCUUGAGAAGUGAUCCUUUCAGACAUUUUCACAUGGCUGUCUUAGCAUCGUAUGUGCGCCCCAGUUCAAGACGAGACAUCAUUAAGGUCAAUUUGCUAGAAUCAGGAUAAUAUAUAUGGUGAUAAAGAUUCCAUGAGCGAAGAUUGUUGCAAUUCUUAUGGUUAUGGAGGUUGAAUUUUGCAUCUCGCGAAUUUGUGUGUACGACAGCCCAGAUUUUCUGCAUAUGAAUCUCAGUGGAAGUCUUGCCUAAGAAAAAAUAUGAUGGUUGCUAGAACUUGUCUUCAUUGGCUUUGGGAGCGUGGGUGAGGAAAUUGUAAAGUAUAAUUGUUUUUCUUCCAUAUAUGCCGAUUGCAAUUUAAACAGUCAGGAUUAUAAUAAUGUGAAAGUAAUUUGAGAUCAA